UCAUUUCAGAAACUUACACAUUGGAGUUGAACCAGAAUAUGCUCGCUUUGUAACUGCCACAAUUGGCGCAGCAGCAUGGAGGCGUCCGAGACGAGCACUGCCAGCCAAGACAAGAUCAUCGAGGGGCUCACCGAGGAGCAACUGCGAGAGUUCAGGGAUGCCUUCAGCCUCUUCGACAAGGAUGGAGAUGGAUCCAUCACCACCAAGGAACUGGGCAUUGUGAUGCGUUCCUUGGGACAAAAUCCCAGCGACACGGAGCUCCUGGACAUGAUCAACGAGGUGGAUGUCGAUGGCAACGGCACAAUCGACUGGACAGAGUUUCUGGUGCUCAUGGCCCGAAAGAUGAAGGACGCAGAUGCCGAAGAAGAUCUCAAGGAAGCCUUCACAGUCCUGGACAGAAACAGAGAUGGUUUUAUCACAGAGAUUGAGUUAAAGCAUGUUAUGCACCAGCUCGGCGAGUCGUUCACGGACGAAGAGAUCGCAGACAUGGUGAGAGAAGCUGACACAGACAAAGAUGGCAAAGUUAGCUACCCCGAGUUCGUAAAGAUAGUCAUGCCAAGGCAAUAA